GAUUCUAUGCGAAUUAAAUCGAAACACAAAAUAAUUGGAAUGAAUAUUCAAUUGUGUUUAGUCUGGUAGAAUCCCUAAUGUUUAUGAAUGUCAGCAUUAUUUCCACAAUUUACCAAAUUUUGUCUUAUCAUUCGGAUAUAAUAUAAUAAUGUGGAAGCAUAUGGCUUUGUGUUUCGUUGCUCAGUCGUUUUGAUUCAUUUGCCUUGCCAAUAAAAUCCGUUAUGUCCAGCGCAGUCCCACUCCUCACGGCGCGCCACGUGGCAGUGAUCGGCGCCGGCGCCGCCGGUCUGGUGGCGGCGCGGGAGCUCCGGAGAGAGGGGCAUGGUGUGGUGGUUUUCGAGCGAGGGGAGCAAGUGGGCGGCACGUGGGUGUACACUCCGGAGGUGGAAUCGGAUCCGCUAGGUUGGGAUCCGAGCCGAAGCAUAGUCCACUCGAGCCUGUACGAUUCGCUCCGAACCAAUCUGCCUCGGGAGUGCAUGGGUUUCCGAGAUUACCGCUUCGGGAAGAGGAGAGAUUCUAGAAGGUUCCCCGGUCACAGAGAGGUGUUGAUGUAUUUGCAGGAUUUCGCUCUUGAUUUUGAAAUCCUUGAAUUGGUGAGGUUUGAAACGGAGGUAGUGUUUGCUGGGUUGGGCGAGGGUGGGAAAUGGAGGGUCACAUCCAAAUCACCACAUAGUGAUCGUGACUCUGUGGAUGAGAUUUACGACGCCGUUAUCGUUUGCAACGGACACUACGUUCAGCCUCGUCUCCCUCAUAUCCCCGGCAUCAAUGCAUGGCCAGGGAAGCAAAUGCAUAGCCACAAUUAUAGAACACCUGAACCCUUUCAAGAUCAAGUUGUAGUUCUAAUAGGUAGCUCUGCCAGUGCGGUUGAUAUAUCUCGAGAUGUUGCAACAGUUGCUAAAGAAGUCCACAUUGCAGCUAGGUCAGUUGAAGAAGAUAAGCUAGGCCAGAUGCCUGGCCAUGAAAACAUGUGGCUGCAUUCUAUGAUUGACAGCGUUCAUGAAGAUGGUACAGUGGUUUUUCAAGAUGGAAUUGCAGUUCGUGUUGACUUCAUCAUACAUUGCACAGGGUACAAGUAUGAUUUCCCUUUCCUUGAAACCAAUGGGGAGGUGACUGUAGAUGACAACCGUGUAGGACCACUCUACAAGCAUGUUUUUCCACCAGGGUUGGCUCCAUGGCUUUCAUUUGUUGGCUUGCCUUGGAAGGUUGUUCCCUUCCCCAUGUUCGAACUGCAGAGCAAGUGGAUAGCCAGAAUUUUGUCUAAUCGCAUUGCACUUCCUUCAAAAGAGGAGAUGGCUGAAGAUAUUGAAGCAUUUUACUCGUCACUUGAAGCCUCUGGCACACCUAAGCGUUACACUCAUAAUAUGGGCAUUCUUCAGUGGGACUACAAUAACUGGAUUGCGGAUCAAUGUGGGCUUCCUUCUAUUGAAGAAUGGAGAAAACAAAUGUAUAUGGCUACAUCUAAAAACAGGGUCCUACGACCUGAGUCUUACCGUGACGAGUGGGAGGAUGAUGACUUGAUUUUGAAAGCUCAACAGGAUUUUGCCAAUUAUUGAUCUGAUGUGCCAUGUCUUAAGCCAAGUUAAUAAUGCGUACUGCUCCCGAUUCAGUGUUAAGAAUAAUGAAGUCAACCUUACAGAGCGGUUUUCAAGAAAAAAAAUUGAUAUUUACAAGCAAUAACAUUAUUUGUUCAGAACGCUUUUACGAAUUUUUCCAUUAAUAAGCAUAUGAUGGCGAUGAGAACACUUGUUA